AUGUCGCGCCGGGUGACCACGCUGGGGGCAGGCAACCUGAAAUCGGCCUGCGUGCCCAAGAACUUCGAUUUGCUGCCAUUUCCCUCUCUCCGCGUCCGUCUUCACCCUGUGCCGCUUAUGACAAUCUUAGAUGCGUACAUUCGACGGGAUGAAGGCCAAGAAAACGUAAUCGGCACUCUCUUGGGCUCUUGCUCCGAUGGAAACGUCAUUGAUGUCACAGACUGCUUCGUGGAUCGCCACUCCUUGACUGGAGAGGGUUUGCUGCAAAUCAUCAAGGAUCACCACGAGAGCAUGUUCGAGCUCAAGCAACAGGCCAACGGGGGCAAUGGGGGAGUGAGAGAGGUGGUUGUUGGAUGGUUCUGCACAGGUAGUGAAAUGACUGAAUUGACCUGCGCUGUGCACGGAUGGUUCAAGCAGUUUUCCUCCGUCUCCAAGUUCUUCCCUCAGCCUCCUCUGACGGAACCCAUCCAUUUGAUGGUUGAUGCUAUUAUGGAAAGCGGGAGCUUCGCAGUGAAGGUGUACACACAGGUGCAGAUGACUAUGGCAAGAGAGGCUUGUUUCCAGUUCCAUGAACUCCCCUUAGAACUGUAUGCGUCUCCCUCCGACAGAAUCGGUCUACGGUUGCUUCAGAAAGUGCGCAUGGCGCAUCGCAGCUAUCCGCCAAAAGCUGAAGAGUUGAUGGAACCUCCAGCAGAUGGUGUUUUGUUGAAUGAGUUGGGCGACGGCCUCAGUGCCGAGCUUGAGCAGCUGCAAGAGAAGCUUGAGAUUUGCGCGUCAUACGUUCGGAGCGUGCUGAAUGGGGAGACUGAACCUGAUCCUGAGGUGGGCCGCUUCCUUAGCGCUGCUCUGAGCAGCGCUACAGAGCCAGAAGUAGAGAACUUUGAACAGCUGUGUCAGAACACGCUGCAGGACAGUCUCAUGGCGGCGCACUUGGCAAGGCUGGCAAAGCUGCAGUUCGCUGUUGCUCAGAAGCUCAACAAUUCGUUCUUCUGA